AUGUCUAAUAAAUUGCCUUCACAUCCUGAGAUGAAUCCCAAGGAGAAUGCUAGUGCAAUAACUUUGCGAAGCGGGACGCAAUAUGAUCCACCUACUCCUCCAAUGCCCAGUAAAUUUUCAUCCAAGCCACAAGUUGAUUGCUCAGUUAAUGAAGAUGUUCCUCCAAAGCCAACCACCCCUACACAACUAAACCCUAAGCCUACUUUUGUCAUCCCACCUCCAUUCCCAAGCAGACUAAAGAAGACUAAAAAGGAAGAGGUUGACAAGGAAAUUCUUGAUACAUUCAGAAAGGUAGAAGUGAAUAUUCCUCUUCUUUACGCAAUUAAACAAGUGCUACGCUAUGCCAAGCUUUUGAAAGAGUUGUGCACUAAUAAGCGUAAGUUGAGGGGUAAUGAAAAAGUUAGUGUGGGAGAGAAUGUUUCUCCAGUUCUUCAAAAGAAGCUUCCACCAAAGUGUAAGGAUCCUUGUACUUUUACUAUCCCUUACACUAUUGGUAAUAAAAGAAUUGAGUGUUGUAUGUUGGAUUUGGGAGCCUCUAUCGAUAUCAUGCCAUUCUCCAUUUAUGCUUCAUUGAAUCUCGGUCCGCUUGAAGAAACAGGGGUGAUUAUUCAACUUGCUGAUAGGUCGAAUGCGUAUCCUAGGGGUGUAAUAGAAGAUGUUUUAGUUCAACUGAAUGAAUUGGUGUUUCCGGCUGAUUUUUAUGUUCUUAAUAUGGAAGAUGAAUCUAUUCCAUGCUCCACUCCAAUUUUGUUGGGGAGGCCAUUCAUGAAAACUGCGAGAACUAAGAUUGAUGUGCAUGACGGUACAUUGACCAUGGAAUUUGAUGGGGAGACAAUUCGAUUUAAUAUUUUUGAGGCUAUGAGGUAUCCAAAUGAUGUACAUGUUGUUUACUCUCUUGAUGAGUUGGAUAUCCUUUCUCAACGAGUUUUAGAUUUGCAUAGUGAAGACUGUUUGGAGGUUACGUUGAGAGAGCAUCUUGUGUUGACCGAUGAAGAUUUUUCUCAUGAGAUCAUGGAUGUCAUAACCACACUCAAUAGUGGUUUUGACAAGACUUUUAAGAAGGUUUCAUUUCAUAAUUUACCGAUUUCUAGUGAGAUAUUGCAGCCAUCAAUUGUUCAAGCUCCUACACUUGAAUUGAAGCCACUUCCAUAG